AGGAGGGGCGGGGCCGGCCGGAGGCGGGUGGCUGGCGGUGGAGCCCGCGGCGGCGGCGGGUGGCCGGCUGAGCGUGUGCGGGGUGGGAGAAGACUAGGCGGCGGCGAUGCCGCGGCUUCCGUAGGGAGCGCUGAGGAGGUCGCGACAUUUGAAGCCCUAGAAGGCUCGGAGGAGCUGCGGUCUGGGGGCGGUGGCUUCGGGCGCCAGCCGGGCCAUGGUGGCUGCGGGCGGUGGUUGGCGCGGCAACGCUGCGGCCCGGGGCUGUGCGGGGCCGGGACAGUCCCGGCGCUGACGCCUGUAGGGCCCAGCCGCAGGCAUGAAGCGGAGCCGCUGCCGCGACUGGCUGCAGCCUCCGCCGCCUGCCCGCCGGGAAGAUGGGGCUCAGAGGGCGGCGGAGCUGCCCCAACCCCUGCCCCAGCCCCAGCGCCGGCGAGCGCCGCCCGGGAGGCAGAGACUGGAGGAGCGGACCGGGACCGCGGGACCGGAGAGCAAGGAGCAGGAUGUGGUAACUGGACUUAGUCCCCUGCUCUUCAGGAAGCUCAGUAAUCCUGACAUAUUUUCAUCCACUGGAAAAGCUAAACUCCAACGACAGCUUAGUCAGGAUGACUGUAAAUUACGGAGAGGAAGCCUGGCCAGCUCUCUGUCAGGUAAGCAGCUGCUCCCUUUGUCCAGCAGUGUCCACAGCAGUGUGGGACAGGUGACAUGGCAGUCUUCAGGAGAAGCGUCAAACCUGGUUCGAAUGAGAAACCAGUCCCUUGGGCAGUCUGCACCUUCUCUUACUGCUGGCUUGAAAGAGUUGAGCCUUCCAAGAAGAGGCAGCUUUUGUCGGACAAGUAACCGCAAGAGCUUGAUUGUGACCUCCAGCACAUCACCUACACUCCCACGGCCACACUCACCACUCCAUGGCCACACUGGUAACAGUCCUUUGGACAGUCCCCGGAAUUUCUCUCCAAAUGCACCUGCUCACUUUUCCUUUGUUCCUGCCCGUAGCCAUGGACACAGGGCAGACAGGACUGAUGGACGGCGCUGGUCUUUGGCCUCUUUGCCUUCUUCAGGGUAUGGAACAAACACUCCUAGCUCCACUGUCUCAUCAUCAUGCUCCUCACAGGAAAAGCUGCAUCAGUUGCCUUUCCAGCCGACAGCUGAUGAGCUGCACUUUUUGACAAAGCAUUUCAGCACGGAGAGUGUACCAGACGAGGAGGGGCGGCAGUCCCCAGCCAUGCGGCCUCGCUCCCGCAGCCUCAGUCCUGGACGAUCCCCAGUUUCCUUCGACAGUGAAAUAAUAAUGAUGAAUCAUGUGUACAAAGAAAGAUUUCCCAAGGCCACUGCACAGAUGGAAGAGCGACUAGCAGAGUUCAUUUCCUCCAACACUCCAGACAGCGUGUUGCCCUUGGCAGAUGGAGCCCUGAGCUUUAUUCAUCAUCAAGUGAUUGAAAUGGCCCGAGACUGCCUGGAUAAAUCUCGGAGUGGGCUCAUUACAUCACACUACUUCUAUGAACUUCAAGAGAAUUUGGAGAAACUUCUGCAAGAUGCUCAUGAGCGCUCUGAGAGUUCAGAGGUGGCUUUUGUGAUGCAGCUGGUGAAAAAACUGAUGAUUGUCAUUGCCCGCCCAGCUCGGCUCCUGGAAUGCCUGGAAUUUGACCCUGAAGAGUUCUACCACCUAUUAGAAGCAGCUGAAGGCCAUGCCAAAGAGGGACAAGGAAUUAAAUGUGACAUUCCCCGCUACAUCAUUAGCCAACUGGGCCUCACACGGGACCCCCUAGAGGAAAUGGCCCAGUUGAGCAGCUAUGACAGUCCUGACACUCCGGAGACAGAUGAUUCAGUUGAGGGCCGUGGGGCAUCUCUUCCUUCAAAAAAGACACCAUCUGAAGAGGACUUCGAAACCAUUAAGCUCAUCAGCAAUGGCGCCUAUGGAGCUGUGUUCCUGGUGAGGCACAAGUCCACACGACAGCGCUUUGCCAUGAAGAAGAUCAACAAGCAGAACCUGAUCCUACGGAACCAGAUCCAGCAGGCCUUCGUGGAGCGUGACAUUCUGACUUUCGCUGAGAACCCCUUUGUGGUCAGCAUGUUCUGCUCCUUUGAGACCAAGCGUCACCUGUGCAUGGUGAUGGAGUAUGUUGAAGGGGGAGACUGUGCCACUCUGCUGAAGAACAUUGGGGCCCUUCCUGUGGACAUGGUGCGUCUGUACUUUGCGGAAACUGUGCUGGCCCUGGAGUACUUACACAACUAUGGCAUCGUGCACCGUGACCUCAAGCCUGACAACCUCCUGAUAACAUCCAUGGGGCACAUCAAGCUCACUGACUUUGGACUGUCUAAAAUUGGCCUCAUGAGUCUGACGACAAACUUGUAUGAGGGUCACAUUGAAAAGGAUGCCCGGGAGUUCCUGGACAAGCAGGUGUGCGGGACCCCGGAGUACAUUGCCCCUGAAGUGAUCCUGCGGCAGGGCUAUGGAAAGCCAGUGGACUGGUGGGCCAUGGGCAUAAUCCUGUACGAGUUCCUGGUGGGUUGCGUCCCUUUCUUUGGAGACACUCCAGAGGAGCUCUUUGGGCAAGUGAUCAGUGAUGAGAUUGUGUGGCCUGAGGGUGAUGACGCACUGCCCCCAGAAGCCCAGGACCUCACCUCCAAACUUCUCCACCAGAACCCUCUGGAGAGGCUGGGCACAGGCAGUGCCUGUGAGGUGAAGCAGCACCCGUUCUUUACGGGCCUAGACUGGACAGGACUCCUCCGCCAGAAGGCUGAAUUUAUUCCUCAGCUGGAGUCAGAAGAUGACACUAGCUACUUUGACACCCGCUCAGAACGAUACCAUCAUGUGGACUCGGAGGAUGAGGAAGAAGUGAGUGAGGAUGGCUGCUUGGAGAUCCGCCAGUUCUCUUCCUGCUCACCCAGGUUCAGCAAGGUGUACAGCAGCAUGGAGCGGCUCUCUCUGCUGGAGGAGCGCCAGACACCACCCCCCACCAAGCGCAGCCUGAGUGAGGAGAAGGAGGACCGCUCUGAUGGCCUGGCAGGACUUAAGGGCCGAGACCGGGGCUGGGUGAUUGGCUCCCCUGAGAUAUUAAGGAAGCGGUUGUCGGUGUCUGAGUCGUCCCACACGGAGAGUGACUCAAGCCCUCCAAUGACAGUGCGGCGCCGUUGCUCAGGUCUUAUGGAUGUGUCUCGGUUCCCCGAGGAGGCCAGCAGUACCCCCAGGAGGCAGCAGCAGGAGGGUAUAUGGCUCCUGACACCCUCAUCUGGAGAGGGGGUAUCUGGGUUUAUCCCUGAGCGGCCAGUGGAGCAGCGGCUGAAGCCUGAUGAGGAACCUGUCGGCCAGUUCACUGGUUCCAGUCCAGCUAUGGAGACCCGAGGCCGUGGGACCCCACAGCUGGCUGAGGGAGCCACAGCCAAGGCCAUCAGUGACCUGGCUGUACGUAGGGCUCGUCACCGGCUGCUCUCUGGGGACUCUACAGAUAAGCGCAGCACUCGUCCUGUCAACAAAGUGAUCAAGUCUGCCUCAGCUACAGCCCUCUCCCUCCUCAUCCCCUCAGAACACCAUACCUGCUCUCCAUUGGCUAGUCCCAUGUCCCCACAUUCCCAGUCGUCCAACCCAUCAUCCCGCGACUCUUCUCCAAGCAGGGACUUCUUGCCAGCUCUUGGCAGCUUGAGGCCUCCUAUCACCAUCCACCGAGCUGGCAAGAAAUACGGCUUCACCCUGCGGGCCAUCCGUGUCUACAUGGGUGAUUCUGAUGUCUAUACUGUACACCACAUGGUGUGGCACGUGGAGGACGGUGGUCCAGCCAGCGAGGCGGGGCUUCGUCAGGGUGACCUCAUCACCCAUGUCAACGGGGAGCCUGUGCACGGGCUAGUGCACACGGAAGUGGUUGAGCUGAUUCUGAAGAGUGGAAACAAGGUGGCCAUUUCAACAACUCCCCUGGAGAACACAUCCAUUAAAGUGGGGCCAGCUCGGAAGGGCAGCUACAAGGCCAAGAUGGCCCGAAGGAGCAAGCGGAGCAGGGCCAAGGAUGGACAAGAAAGCAGAAAAAGGAGCUCCCUGUUCCGGAAGAUCACCAAGCAGGCAUCUCUGCUCCACACCAGCCGCAGUCUCUCUUCCCUUAACCGUUCCUUGUCAUCAGGGGAGAGCGGGCCAGGCUCUCCCACACACAGCCACAGCCUUUCUCCCCGGUCUCCCACUCAGGGCUACCGGGUAACCCCCGAUGCUAUACAUUCAGUGGGAGGGAAUUCAUCACAGAGCAGCUCGCCCAGCUCCAGCGUGCCCAGCUCCCCAGCCGGCUCCGGGCAUACACGACCCAGCUCUUUACAUGGUCUGGCACCCAAGCUUCAACGCCAGUACCGCUCUCCGCGGCGCAAGUCAGCAGGCAGCAUCCCACUGUCACCACUGGCCCACACCCCUUCUCCACCACCACCUGCAGCUUCACCUCAGCGUUCCCCAUCACCCCUGUCUGGGCAUGGAGCCCAAGCCUUUCCCACCAAGCUUCACUUGUCACCUCCCCUAGGCAGGCAACUCUCACGGCCCAAGAGUGCAGAGCCACCCCGCUCACCACUACUGAAGAGGGUGCAGUCAGCUGAGAAACUGGCGGCUGCGCUGGCUGCUUCUGAGAAGAAGCUAGUUUCUUCUCGCAAGCACAGCCUUGACCUGCCCCACUGUGAGUUAAAGAAGGAACUGCCACCCAGGGAAGUCAGCCCUCUGGAGGUAGUUGGGACCAGGGGUGUGCCAUCUGGAAAGGGAGCUUUGCCAGGGAAGGGGGUGCUGCAGCCUGCCCCUCCACGGGCCCUAGGCACCCUGCGGCAGGACAGAGCUGAACGACGGGAGUCACUGCAAAAGCAAGAAGCUAUCCGUGAGGUAGACUCCUCGGAGGAUGACGCUGACGAGGGGCCUGAGAACAGCCAGGGCAUGCCAGAGCCAAGCUUGGCACCUAACUCAGCCAUGGGCCAGAAUCCACCCCCUAGAGGAGAAGGAGAGGGUGGGGAAGAGGACACCUUCUUACCCAGAGACCCUAGGAGCCUGGGCCCAGCGAUCUCAGGCCUACUGACUGGGCUCACACUGGGGCGAAUGGAAGGUCCCAGUGGUCCCCAGAGGAGGCUUGGGAGCUCAGAAGCCUUUGAAGAGACUGCCAGCUGCUGCUCACCAGUCCCCAGCCUGGGUAGGUCUGGAUCCACAGAUCACAACCCCCCUGAAGGCUGCUGGAAGGCCCAGCACCUCCAUACCCAGGCACUACCAGCACUUUGUUCCAGCUCUUCAGGACUAACCCCCACCAGUUGCACUGUUGCCCCCUCCACAUCUGGGAAGCUGGGCAUGUGGUCCUGGAACUUCCUCACUGAGGGCCCAGAUAGGGCCUCCCCAAGUAGAAAGGCAACAGUGGCAGGUGGGCCAGUCAAACUCCAGGAUCUGGAAACCACAGCUCCAGUCCACCCUAAGAACCUGUCUCCCGGACAGGAGGGGAAGACACAGCCACCCAGUGCCCCUGGACUGGCCCAUACACCUUGUGGGGUUCCCAGCCAAGGGUGGCUUUGGGAACCUGAGUGUUCACAGAGAGAGAAGGCGGAUCCAGUCUUGAGCAUCACCAAGAUGCCUGACGCCUCAGGUGACAGGAGGCAGGACAUUCUGUGCAGAGGCCGUCUCCUCACGCAGGAGUCUGGGCUCACCCUGCUCUGGAGGGGCCGAGAACCUGGGGGCCAUCAAAAGCAUCAGGACUUGACAUUGGUGCCAGAUGAGGUUUUGAAACAAACAUAGUGGCUGUUGGCCAUUUCUUGCACUCAGACCUGUGUAAUACAUGAUUCUAGAAA